AUGGCGGAGAAUCCCCGCUUUUUCAGACUAUGGCAAGCUGCAGCCAUUGUAUUCUUCAUUUGCUUUCUUGUCAUGACCGGCCUUUUUAUAUGGGCCACAGAAGACAGGAGGGACGAAAUUGCAAAUUGUAAACCUAGCGUUAAAAGUGAUAAAGAAGAGACUAAACUGAAGGACAUUGUUUGUCCAAGGCAACCUCCAUUACUCGAUCUACCAGACCCGCUACCAAACGAUGUCGUACAAGCCUUAGAGAAGCUAGACAGCCACCUUAAAUCUCUAGUCAACCCGACAUCACAAACCCCUGCAAUAUCGGCCAACGUGUUUUACAAAGGCAAGGUCAUGUGGUCGGAGCAGUACGGCUCAAAGCAAGCACAGAAAUCCGACACGCCGGACAAUGACACGAUUUAUCGCAUCGGAAGUGUUACGAAGAUAUUCCCUGUUCUGCUAUUGUUCAAGCUCUUUGAACAAGGUGUGAUUUCCUCGGUGGACGACCCACUGAACAAGUACGUCCCGGACUUUUCCAUUAAAAAUCCUUUCAGCAAGGACAAUAUUACGCUUCGACAACUUGCUAAUCAGGUAUUUAUUGAAUUUCAUAAUUGAUUUAUAUUCGGUGUAAUUUGCAUCUCAGAAUAUUGGAUAAUGGUAAAAUGGUCACGCGAUGCUGUUCAAGGACUUUCUUCCGGAGACGACGCGAUGAGAUAAAAAAUUAUAACAUUUAUCGUCCAUGCUUUUGAGACCUUUGGAACAACAGCCCUAAAAACAGAACAGAAUUCGAUUGAAUAUUCUCUCUGGGCAUUUGACUCUUAAGGGUGACUUUGUAAUGCAGCCACCAAGUUGCUGAUGAUAAAUCUUUCAUAAUGCCCCCUAUUGGGUUUUUCAAAGGUCAGGUACAAAUUUCCGCUGGUGGACACCAGCUAGACACUGAAAUAGUGUCCCACUUAUGGGGCGGACAGAGGCCUCUUGUCAAUUUAUAAAUUCAAUUUAAAGCCACCCCAGUCUAACUGACUUCAAAGGGGUUUGCUACAUGUCCUACACACAUCUUUUUCCAAAACUUGUCAAUGACUUGUUGUUGCAUUAAUUGAAUUCUAAAAAUAAUGCCCCAGUUUUGUCUUUCAAGACUAUAUUUUGGUUUUAAAACAGUUACUGUUUCGUGUCAUCUAUGGCAACCAAUGAAUGGCAUAGGAUGGACAAUUAUUGAAACUUGAAAAAGUCAGUCUAUAAUCUUGUUUAAGUUUUAAUGUUGUGCCUGCAAAAAUAUCCCAAAAAAGUAGCCUGAGUAUGUGUUUCUUGGGGAAAGGGCUGUAAUAGAAGAAAUGCAUCCUCUCUCCCUUUGCCACCUCCCCCUGCCCCCUGGCCCCCACCUUUGCCUUCUACAAAUCUCCUCUUCCCUAACCCCAAAGGAAGGCCUGAUACUCAAGCGACCAAAAAAAUCACUAUGGUUAAGUGCUUUGGCCCUGGUGAAAUUUGUUUGAUAACUUCUUCAUAAUUCUACAGGAGCAUUUUGUGAAUGGGUACAGGCACUUGGUAAUGAAUUCAGCACAGAAUUGACCCAGAGCAAUAAUAUCCUCGUAGCCCCUUUAAAAUCACAACGUGAGAGAAGAGUUAUGUUUUUUAAAAGUUCCCCUUCUCACUUGACUUAACUGACCUAAAAUGAAUAAAUUGAUAGCUUAAUGUUAUGAUCUUCAGAAAAGGAGUUUUAAAAAAGUGGUCUAUUCUCCCCCAGAAAGGAGGCUUUAGGGAGAAAUAAAAAGCCCUGACACUGCACUAAACCACAAAAUGCUAUCAGUUAAAGGUUUUCUGUUGUACUGCAGCUCUCUGGCUUACCCCGUGAACCACCAUGUAAAAUAAUGUGUGCAGGGACCAACACAUCUGAGCAACUGGCAUUGUUACAAGACAAGACUCUGGUUGUUGAACCUGGAACCUACCCCUCUUAUAGUAACCUGGCCUACAUCCUUCUCGGACGAUUGCUAACUGAAAGGUACUGUUUUAGUGAUUUAAACAUUCCAAAUCUAAUUGGGUUUAGUCUAUCCUAACUAAGAGUUGUUGCCUACUUUUCUAAGUUCAUCUAAUUUCUAAGCAUACCUUGCAGAAGCCCCUCCAACCAAACCCACACACACUCUUCAGUUGUACAUGUAAUAACAAAGCUUCCAAAAAAACCUUUUGGAUAGUCUUAAAUUUAUGAAGGAAUGAAAGAAAUGUUUUUUAGCUCACCAUCUAUGGUAUUAAAAGAAAUCUUUAGCAGACUGUCUGGCCUUUUCAGUUUCAUGUCAUAAGCAGUUUCAUUCCAUUGUUUUCCACUUACUUUCCAAGUUUUAAGCAACAACUGUACAAGCUGGUUUACAUAAUUGAAAAUGACCAGGGACUCAGCUGGUUUUUUAGCUCAACUGGAAGAGCACUGCACCAGUAUCAGCUAGAGGUUAAGGGUUUGAACCCUGUGCAAUUUAGAAUUAGCCUGAUUUUUCCAGAGUUUCUUUCCACAACUGCAAAAUUUGAGUCUAUAACUGCAAUGAUCUUUUCAUUUAACUGUUCACAUUUUCUUUUUACUAUUUGUGCUAUUUUUAACUUCUUGCUGCACUUGCUUGCCCUUUCAGACUCUUAAACACAACCUUUGAGACUUGGACAACUGAGAAUAUUUUGCAGCCAUUGGGAAUGUUAAACACUGGUUUUGGGACUCCAAACUCAUCCAACAUGGCUCCAGUACCCAUGUUUCCAAUGGAUCUUGGUUGGUUUGUUCCUGCCGGUGAUAUGUACUCAACUGUGGCUGAUCUUACUAAACUAGGAUAUAUGUUCGCUCAACCAGGAAAGCAAAAUAUCUUCAAGGUAUUGCAACUUGGUGUUUGGAAGUCAGAGUUGGCCAGGGUUUUGGGGGUAUACAGUAUAUUGGAGUAUUUAAUUUCAGAUAUACAGUAUUUUUAUGCUUAACAUUGGGUAUAAAGUAUUUACUUAUGCUUAAUUUUGGGUAUGAAGGAUACCAUGAUUUUCUAUAUACUGUGAUGUUUUACACAAGUUUUAGUAUAUUUUCUGGUAUAUUGGACAGUUUAUUUCAGGUAGUUUGGUAUCCCCCCCCCCUACAGCUGACCCUGGGAAGUAGUUGAUGGCCCUUUGAUUCUUGGGUCCUAUUGAUAAUAAAACCCUCCUAAGUGACCCACUCUGUGUCCGGGGGGGGUACUCCUUAUAAUGGCCUAUGCGGAGAGGCUCUGUCCAAAAGGGGUACCUUUUUCAGGCUUCAGGUAUAUCAAAGGGUGGGGAUUUCGCUAGUUGAAGUAUAAAAAAAGGUAGGGAAAUCUGUCAUUGUGGUUUUUGAGGACCUAAAAGGGCUAACAGGUGCAUUUUAUGACCGUGAAAAAGACAAGAAAACCUGACUUGAUUUAGUGUGAUAUAUUUAUAUUUAAAAGAUGGUGCAUUUACAGCAGUUUAAAAGGAUGCAGGAUUCUAAGCUGGUGUGUGAAAAUGGUACCGUUUGUUAAUAAAAGGUUUAAGAAAGUACCUUUUUUUUUUCAAAAAGUGUAUAUAGAAAGGGUAAGAGGUUGGACCUUGGGACGGAUCCUCUGUAUAAAAUUUUUGUUGAGUAACCCCCUGGGUUCUGUGUAAGAACACAACAGAGUUACUAUCAUUCUCAAAGAGAUGGGGACUGGGGACUGUUAAUCAAAAAGAAGAGAAGAUUAAUUUUAAGGUAUUUAAACCUGUUUGCAAUACACUGUUACAUAGACCUAGGGGGUCAAGCUAUGAAGAGCACUUGCACCCUCCUUCUUAACCUUGACUCCACCUUUCUUGGCCUCUUUUGGAUCCAAACCAAUCUUAUAAUCAGAGUUUCACGUCAAAAUGACUGCCACGCCUUAAUGGAUCAAGUUUGUGCUGUAAAUAAGUCAAUUUAUACAGUUAACCCUGGUCAUUUUUUAGUAUUUUGGCCAUUUAGAAGUAUGGAGUUUAAAUGCUAUUGGAACAGGUCCAUGGGAGCCAGGGACAAUAAGGGGGGCGCUAAAUGGGCAGGAGGUGGAAGUUCUAAAAGGAAUAGGAGGGGGGAGACACAGGAGGGGGUACACAACGUUGCUUGAUAAUUGCAAUGGGAGAAAGCCAAGAAACACAGGACGCAGGACAGACACAGGAGGCGGGAGGUUUCGACCCCCUUCUUCCCUUUCCCCCUCUCUCCUCCUCCUCCCCCAGGGAGCCAAGUGAAACAUGCGGGAGGCUAGAGGAGGGAAAUUUGGACCCCCUGUCCACCCCGACAGGUUUGAUAAGGGCGGCUUUUUAAGGGGCAGAUAAAUUAUUCUAUCAUAACUUCCAGGAACAGACUAUUCGCCAAAUACUGCAACCGGACUACAUCACGCGAGGUGGUGACUAUCUUUGGGGAGCACCGUGGGAGAUGCGCUUCAUGGAUGGUUUCCUGAUAGCAGGGAAAGCGGGUGGUAACACAGCCUUCACGUCCAUGGUCCCAGCACUAGAGCUAGGCAUGAACAUACUGAUGAGCGUGAGUCCCGGAACGUCCUUCUUACCGGCCGUAGAUGCUGCUUAUCUGGCGUACUCAGUUCUACUUCCCACUCUAAACAAAACCUUGUUUGCGCUUCAGGCCAAAGUAAAAAGUUUCCCAAUUGAUCCAACACCGUUCCUGGGUAAAUUCCAAGGAACCUCUCUGGAUCCUACCAAGGGUGUGACUCAUUCUCUAACGUACACCAUCACUGUUGACAAAGGUUAUCUCUUAGCCAUAGACCCUGCUAAGCCAGACCAAGAUCUGACACUAUCCUAUAUUGGGGAGCCGCUUAUCCUACGUUCUAGACCGGCUUUUCAGGAAGGCAGCUGUCUUAUUGAACACAUUGGUUUAGAAUACGGCGUCUACUUCAGCCCUCCUGACAGUGAUGGACUAUCCCAGGGAUUUACAUCUACGUGGAUGACCUUUGUAAGGGUCGAAGAUUCUUGAUUCUCCUCUUAUAGUAUUUUUGUGUGUGUUUUUAGCCCUUUUAUUACCUUUGCAUAUGGUUUUAUAAACUAAGUUAAUAAGGUGACUUUGUGUUCUUUACCACUUUAGAAGGUGCGAAAAUCGGAAAUUCCGAUUGUAAAAAUCUUUUGGGUUGGCGCCAUUUCUUUUGGGAAACCUCAGGAGAUACGGGCUCUGAUUUGAGGCGACGCAGUUUUCCUCAUGUUUUCAAUCUCUUCAGCUAAGUUUGUAUAUGUAUACUUUGUAGCGGGUCCUUCUCCCACAUCGUCAAAUUUUUCAGUAUUGUUAAAUACUUUUGCACAAGAUUUUCAACCGGAUGGUUGGUACUUUUGGAUGGUAUAAAACAUCGAUAAACACCUUUGGACUCCGUGUUUGCCUUUGAGUCUUUGAGCAAGCCUUCUUACUCCGUCCGGUGAAAUUAACCUCCUAUUUUAUAUCCUUUGCCUUAAUUCCCGACUAUUGUUGGUAAAUUUUGAUCUCAUGACAAGAAAUUCCUUUCUAGUGGUUAUAACUGGGUCAAAAUUUCCUACUUUCCCCUCUCCAAACCCCAGGACCGGGUUGUUCAAAGCUGGGUUAAGAUAACCCAGGGUUAGUGCG